AUGCAUCGUUUUCCCACAGGUGAAGCCAUAGAGCAGACUAAGACAGAGGAAGAGGUCCCAGAGGAGAAGACAGACAUCCAGAUACUUCAGACAGACACCCAGACAUACGCCACAACAGUGUUGGAGGACCAGGACCAGGGAGAGCCAGAGGCCACAGAGUCAACCCCAGAGGACGGAGCCCUGACUGAGGACACAGCCGGCCAGGAGCCUGACACAGUGGACACCACCUCCGCCCCUGGGGAAGAGGGAGCCGAGAGCCUCACUGAGGAAGUCGAGGAAGUGGACCCAACCCAACCUGCAUCCACUGAGGCUAGCCCAGAGGAACCAACAGCAGGGGCUGAGGGUGAGGCCUCAGAGGGGGCAGCCACACAGAGCACUGACGGGGAGGAAGAGCAGGCUGAGGGGGAUGUGACCCGGUCAGUCGGCCGCACUAGGGUGCUGGUCACUGAGAUGGAGGACACCACCGGGUCUGGGAUGCUACCGACUGGCGCUGAGGAGGAGGGGGCCUCUUCUAUGGCACCAUCUGUUGUACAGCCAGGAGAACCACAGGGCCCAGCCAGCAAAGAGGGUGUGCAGGAGAUAGUGCCAGAGCAGGAGGAGGUGGUGGACGGGAUAGAAGGUAAGGAAAUACUCUGUUUGUUACGUACAUAAUAUGACAUACAGAAUACUGUUUUUUGCUUUGCUUUGUCAUUCAGUUUGGUAUCAUGAACAUAGUUAUGAUUAAAAUGUAUUUAAUUUAAAUACACUUUAAAAUACAUACAUCUCAUGUAAAUCAUCUUUCAUGUCAGAACAGAGAAACAUAAAAGGUACAAAACACGUGCUUGGCAUUACCCUGCAACAAUAAUACUUUUCAUAGAGGAUUGCAGUGACAGGAUGAAUCACCACCAUAAAACUUUCCCUGAGCUUAAAAAUAGCAGUUGUGAUACUCAAGGGCAGGAAGUCCCUAUGUAAAUUUUGUUCCUAAUGCAGAUGUGAAUCAUUCUGCUGCAGCAACCGUUGUCCAGUCAGUGUCAUCACUUCUGAGGGCAGUGUGGUAUACGUGAAUGUUUACAUGAGGUGUUCCUCUUUAGGCCCCUGGUUACACCUCAGAGAGAGGAAAGUGGUGGACUGUAGUUAGGAAGCCUAAACUAAAGAUACAUUCUAUGUUUGUCUCAAAUAGCCUUUUUUAGUUCCACACAAAUAUAGAUAUAUUUAGCUGUGUUUUUGUAAACCAAAAUAUAAGCACCACCAAAAAAAUUGACAAAUCUCCAUGAUGAAACGUUUAAUACUAUGAUAUUCAUCUAUAAUGACAGAAAUAGUUUUUUUUUUAAUAUAAAAAAAAAAAAAAAGAUGUAUCAACUGAUCUUCAGUUCUACUAGACGGAACAGUCGUGUCAUUAGUCAAAGCCAACUGGCAGAGUCUAGCCAGAAUCACGACAACACAUAUAACAUCACUUCUCUGCUCUGCCAUCUGGCCAUACUGUACUACUGUUCUGUUUCCAAGGUGACUCAAAAAGGUGAUUCAUUUAAUCAUAUAAAUCUCUAAAUCUCUGUGUUCGUUAUUCUCCUCAACACUUCUGUCAAGACGCAAUAUCAUGCAAUCUCUAAUACAGUCUUCUCUGACUUUCCUCUGCAGCUGAAAUGUUAAAAGUGGAUAUUAAAAAAAGUGAAGAGCAGAAAAAGCACCAUCUUACCUGUUGAAACCAAAUGACUUUUUGAUGUAAAAAAUAAUUAUCCUUUACAUUUCUCUGUUCUCAGUCUGAGAACAGAGAAGGAUGCUUGGAACAGAUAGCCUACCACCCACACACAGCAAAGUUUGGUCCGACUCGGGGAAGUUAGAGAACUAACCUUGCCCCCUGGUGUUGGGGUGUGAAAUAGAUUGUGGAUAAAAUGUCCACUCUUGUUUGUAAUGUAAUAUCCGUGUGCAUUUAGAGUUAUAAAUUAUAAGAAGACAUCUGGCACUAGUUAUAAAAGCUAUAUCCCAAUUUAUAUAAAAAUAUUCAAGUGCAAGGAAUCAUUUGCACAGUCAGCUCUGGUUGCUGAAUUAAGAAUCUAAAAUACAAAUGGUAAAGUUGUAGUUUGAUGACACUUUCAAAUAAACUAAACUAAACACUCAGAUUGACCACCAUUCAUGAAGAAAUAUUGAAAGUUUGUCUUUCUGUGUGUGUUUGAAAGUUUGUCUUUCUGUGUGUGUCCUCUCCUUUGUGGAGUUAGUUUGAAGAAGGCUCCCCCUCUUGUGACCGGAUGAGUGAGAAAGAGAGGAGCGAAAGAGAGGAGCACUGGUACACCAUUGGCUGUGCCUCAGCACGACUCUUCCUCUCAAAUCCCCAUCUGUACUGGCUAAAAUUCUCAGUUUAGAAGUAGAGGGGGGAGACAAGGAGGGAUAGGACAGGAGACACAGUAGGGAGUGUGGACGUAGGGAUAGGACAGGAAACACAGAAGGGAGUGUGGACGUAGGGAUAGGACAGGAGACACAGUAGGAAGUGUGGAUGUAGGGAUAGGACAGGAGACACAGUAGGAAGUGUGGACGUAGGGAUAGGACAGGAGACACAGUAGGAAGUGUGGACAUAGGGAUCGAUCUGGUACAGGAUGGAUUAAUAUUGGGGGGAAAAUGUGCACUACUUUCCACCACAGCCCUCUGUGAGAAAUAGGGUGGCAUUGAUUUACCCUAUGAGAGAGACUAAUCAGAUAAACAACCUGUUCUGUGCUAAUGUUAUGGGGGGUUUACCACAUUGUUCUCAUUUUAACACUUGUCACAAUGCCACUUUAAUAACAGCAAUAACUCAUAAAUUACUUUGCAAUGAAAUGUUGGCAUUCACUCUCAGGUGCCAACUCUGCCCCAAAGGGACAGUUCCACAUUCCUUAGUAGGUUCGGUGCAUUCCACAGCUAUAACAUCAGCCCUGUUGUAGCACAUGAUUCCUGGUCAUCACAUGAUAGUGUUCUACAUCAUCACACUAAAUCACUGUCUGUCAGUGCUCAUGCCCAGGCCCUCUGACUGACUGACAAGAUGGACACAGGACUUCAUCACACUUUAGUGUGAUAUCCAAGCACUCUUAUUGGGGUCUGCUGCAAUCUCUCCAGGGGGUCUGUAUGUGUUACCUGGGUGGAUGUGUAUGGCAUCUGAUGACACCAGUUGACAUCUAUGUGUAAUUCAUUUGUGAGGCAUCAGAAAUGUUUGUUUGAAACUGUAUCUCCUUGUUCUCACCAUGUAGUCCCAGAUCAGCCCAUUCCGAGGGGGAGGAUGAAUCCAGAUGAGGGAGUAGCCCCUCCUCCAGCCGGGCAGAACAGUAGCACACCCAGUGAGUGGCCCACUACCCCUAAUAUCUCUACCAGUAGUAUUAAUACUGUUAUUGUACAUGACAGGAAUGAUACGUUUAAUAAUGGUCACGUAAUUACAAUGUGUUAUAUGAUUUAAUGCAGCGAUUCUCAAUUGGUGGGUCGUGACCCAAAUUUGAAAAUAUACCCCACUCUGAACUUUAAACGACUUAAACCAGGUAGAAAGUGUGUAUACAUGAUAAUGAACUUAUUUUUUUUUUUUAUGUGUCUUCAAUCAAAGUAUUUUCAAUAUAGAGCUAUUAGCAGCACUAUGGUUGAUUUUGUGGUUUUAAACCAGUGAGUUUAUUAACAUUCUUCAUCAAGAAUAUAGGCUAAAUGUAAUUAUUGACAAUGAAAGAGGUGGGAAUGUUGUUCCCUUGUCAUAUAAUUGGUACAUUUAAUAUCAAUAUAGCAUUACAAAUAUUUUUUCAGAUUGUAUUUUGGAUAUUCUUUUUAGCAAUGCGAAUAUUGGGUCACGACUGAGACCACCUGGUUCAUUUUGGGUCCCGAAGCAAAACCAGUCAUAACAUAUUAAUAAUUGAGCAAACAAUUCAAUUUAUAUAACACUUUUCAAAGCACUUUACAUUGUAAAGGGGCAUAUGCUACACCUCCAAGUGAAGAGACAUUAUAGACAUUAACUAUGAAUUACUAAUGUCAUUCAACCUUUCUAAUUGUUUUCCUCUGUGCAGAUUGGCUGAUCAUUGUGGGAGUGGUUGUGGCAGUGGGCGCUAUUCUCCUCGUGUGUGCUGCUGUGGCCAAGCGGAAGAGGUAUGUCUCAUUUCACCAAUUGGAAUUCUCUUUUUCUCUCUGUUAGCAGGUGACAGUAUCCUAAUGUGUUCACUGCUCCCUCUCUCCCUCUCUCUCCCUCUCUCUCUCUCUCUCUCUCUCUCUCUCUCUCUCUCUCUCCUCUCUCUCUCUCUCUCUCUCUCUCUCUCUCUCUCUCUCUCUCUCUCUGUGUGUUAGCUGGUGACAGUAUCCUAAUGUGUUCACUGCUCUCUCUCUCUCUCUCUCUCUCUCUCUCUCUCUCUCUCUCUCUCUGUUAGCUGGUGACAGUAUCCUAAUGUGUUAACUGCUCUCUGUCUGUUAGCUGGUGUGGUCAGCAGCAGACCCUGAUGAUCACCAACAAUGAUGGGAGUGACGGUAACGGGGCGGCGGCGUCCGUGGCUAGCUCCCGCGCGCAGGAGAGAGAGCAGGAGAUGGUGACCCUGAUGAACAAAGAGAAGAUCCAGGAAAACGGAAACACAGAGGAGUUCACCGUUAUCACACUUGAUGAGUCCCCAGAGAAAGGACAGCUGGCGUGA